AUCAAGUUCAUUUUUCCAGAGCCAAUCUCCAUCUGCUUGAAUAACGGCAACAAACUAUAGCAGCGAUCAUAACGUCAAGAAUAUUCUUGAAAAUACUUGAUUAAUAUGUAUUCAGCUGUGAUUUACUUAACAUUAAUGUUUGGAUUCUUGCCCUUCAUUCUCACUCAGACCACGAAAGCCGAGUGCAUAGAGUUUGGCAAAAAGAUUGAAGAUGCUGGAGGUAUCAAACAAUUUGUGGAAGAAAAUCAGCUCCAGUUUGAUAUGGUUUACGAGAUCUACAAAAACUGUUUCAUAAACGAAGAGGGCUUUCGGUUCAAGAAGGGUCGGUACAGCACCGCAACCAAACCCGACUCCCGGGGCAAACUGUUUCGACGAUUUCUCUUAGAGGGAUAUUAAACUAGUUUUGCCACCAAAACCACCAUUUCAUACCUGUGUCCGCUUAACCCCAUGGCCACUGACUCUCUGCCCCUCCACAGCCCUCUUAUGAUAUUCUAUUUAUCGCUAG